UAGCAUAUUCGGUCUCGGUAAAUUCAAUUAUCCCAGAUUUGGGUGAUUUAAUACUUACAAAGGUUUUAAUCGCUGCAGUUCAAGGACUGGUUCAUGAAUUAAUCGAUUAUCACCUUAUAACGUUGAACACGCAAAAAGUCUUUCCGAAAGAUUUCGAUAUCACAAAGAACAAUCUCGGAAAUGCAAAGAGCACAUCAGCGUGUUCCGAUUUAGAUUCGGAUUCCUCAAAAUCCGAAAAACAGACUUUGAUCGACCGAAUGCAAGAAGAAAAUCGACAGCUGUUAUCAAAAUUAGCGGAUUUGGAAAACGUAUUUAAAACAUCGUCCAUCUCUCAUACAAUCGAACUUUCCAGCAACGAAAACGAAGAAGAUUAUGCGAUACCG